AGGUAGUACACUCCAGAGAGCUUCGCUGAACUCGUUGAGACACGGACGAAGGCGGCAGCAAGAGUCACCAUCAGCAUCCAACACAAACCCGCUGCACGGGGCUCGGCAGCCAGCCUCCCUCCGUCCCUUUGUGUCCAGCCAUGAAACAGACGUUACUGGAACUCAUGAGGAUGAGCAGGAUCUGCCGGAUGAUGCUUGCCACUUGUUUAGGAUCUUUUAUUCUGGUUAUCUUCUAUUUCCAAAGUAUGUUCCAACCAGUUAUGAGGAGGAACCCAUUCACAGUGGAGGGCUGCUGCCGAAAAGGCUCCAGAAACGCCUUACAAGAACUGUACAACCCUACACAGCCUUUGUUGCAUCAAGCCCGACGAGAUCAGGUAGUGGACACAUGUCGUGCCCACAGCGCAUCCAACCACAAGAGACGUGUCUUGACACCCAGCGACCUCAAGCACCUAGUGGUGGACGAGGAGCAUGAGCUCAUCUACUGCUACGUUCCCAAGGUUGCCUGCACCAACUGGAAACGUGUCAUGAUGGUACUGAGCGGCCGGGGCAAGUACAGUGACCCCAUGGAGAUCCCGUCCAACGAGGCCCACGUACCCUCCAACCUCAAGACGCUCAACCAGUACAGCAUUCCCGACAUCAACCACCGCCUCAAGAGCUACCUCAAGUUCCUCUUUGUACGCGAGCCCUUCGAGAGGCUAGUGUCAGCUUACCGCAACAAAUUCACACUACGCUACAACACCUCCUUCCACAAACGCUAUGGAACGAAAAUCGUGCGGCGAUACCGCAAAAACGCGACGGUCGAGGCGUUGCAAAACGGUGCAGAUGUCAAGUUCCAGGAGUUCGCGGAGUACCUGGUGGACCCGGCCACUCAGAGAGAAGCUCCGUUAAACGAACACUGGCAGACGGUUUUCUCGCUAUGCCACCCGUGCCACAUUCACUACGACCUGGUCGGCAAAUACGAGACAUUGGAGGAAGACUCCAACAACGUGCUAAGGCUGGCUGGAGUCGGCGACUCAUUGCGUUUUCCAUCAUACGCCAAAUCCACUCGUACAACCGACCAGAUGGCGGCAAUAUUUUUCAACAACAUCAGCUCAACGCAGCAGAGCCAGCUCUACCAACUCUACAAAUUGGACUUCCUUAUGUUCAAUUACUCAAUUCCCAGCUACCUAAAACUGCAGUAAACACAUUUGCAGUUGCGUGAACACACAUUGUGAGCUCUAAGCUUGUUCAACAAGGUCAACCAAUGGGAGACGGACAUUGGCGGAGGCUGGUUUGGAUUAACCAAACACUUUAAUGUAAAAUUGUAUUUAUAUCCGCAUGGACGGUUGCUUUAUUUUGAUAUGACCAAGGAGCUUUCAGUCAAACUGCAAGUAAGGCAAAUAUGGGACAUUUUGGAAGGAAUUUGAAAUUAAAUUUUUAAGACUAGGGUCUGAAUCCUACUAUAUUUGUCUAUUGAAUUGUAAAUGUUCAGUUUGAAGGCUCCAAUUCCCAAACAUCAAAAGCAAUAUUAGAGAUUACGAGCCAUACCUGCUCAACUGGUUUCACCUUUUAAUAUUAAUCUGGUUUUAUCUUUUAAUAAUUAAUCUGCCACUCACAACCAUUAUCAAAGCUUCACAGUAAGGAGCGCCUCGAGAAUUUAAGACUUAAUAAGACUUAAGAUAUAAUCAGACUUGUUCUGACUUCAAUUCCCCCACUUCUAAUUGCGUGUUCCCUUGGGAAGUUUCCCACAACUCUCUCUUCUCUCCCAUAGAAGGCCUUUGAGUGUGUGUAUUCAAAUGGUGCAUAUUUAAAGGAAGACCUUAUAUGCACACUAAAAUAAGGAUUAUAUAAAAGGCAUUGAGCGGUGCCUUACAGAAGGGGUGUGACCAAAUGUGAUUGACAGUGAGUGGCUUCUCCCACUAGGUCAGUUAGGGGGUCGCAUCCGUAGCAGCUGGGAGGUCAGAGGUCAAUGCGGGUUCAAGCUUGGCCCUUUUCCAGGGAUUCAGUUAGCAUGCUGUUCCCACAACCCCCUCUUCACUCCCUUGGUUGGUCUAAAUUUAAGGAUUGUUUUUUUUUUAUUUUGUAUUUGUUUAUUGUCUAAUGAAAAAGUGGCUGCGAGCAGCACAAUAUAGUAGUAUUUUGAAUUACUGUGUGAAAUAGAAAUAAGGAAGAUUUAAUAUUUUGUUUCCAGGAAUGGAAAGCAGCCCUGCUGGAAAAAAAGCUGUAGCUGGUCAGGCUGGUCUGUUUGCUGGUUUUAAAGGGGGUUUGACUAUCUAGAUCAGGCCAUCUUAAACCAGCUAAGACCAGCAAACCAGGCUGGUUUAAGCAGUUUUUUCUCCAGCAGGGAGCUUAGAGGUAGAGAUUUUAAUUGUUAUCAUUUCUUCAUAUUUCAUUUCGCCUCUUAUGCAGAGCACUGUUGCCAGGAUACCUCGCUGGUUGUUUUGUGAGGGGUGUACGGAAAACGGGCAGGACUUCGUUUUCUGAGCUGUUCUCAUGGGAAAGUUUCACACACUGGUGUGUGUUUGAGCGAGGGAGAGAGAAACUACAAGCAAAAUCUGUUCAAUCCAUUAGAUGAUUGCUUCUUCUAAAUGUCUUUCCCAAUUUGGGCAGUUCAAAGGAACACUGUAAUUUAGUGAGCUGUCUUUUUAUGACCUUUAAUUUGCUUUGAUGGUGCACGAAAAUGAUGAAAUUGCUUAUUUAUAUGUGCGAUGGCCACAAGUGUGCACGUCCAAGUUCUUUUAAUGGACAAAAGUCUCACGCUGGCAAAGGUGGCCCAAGGCAGGGCUAAAAGGCUUGCUUUAAAAAAAAAAAAAAAAAAAAAAAGCAUCCAGGGUUUAUUUGACCUGAAUAAUUGAGUGCUGAUUAGCAGGAUUUUUAGGAGCAGGGUCUUUAUUGGAGACCACAUAAACACAACUGUCAAAACCAAGCCACAAGAUAUUAACCUUCUCACUCUCAUUCGUUCUAUUGCUGUUGCUAUUCCUUUCUCACGCUGCUUUUCCUAAAUCUUACCCCCUAGAGAGGGUAUUAAAAAAAAUUGUUAUCCCCAUGCCGAUUAGCCACCAAGCUCCUGGACUGAAGCAGCUGAGAGUGAAAAAUGCUCUUGUUGAGCUGUCUGUAAUGUGGACAGAAUUAGAAAGGGUUUGAUCUAGAGGCGGGGUCUGUCGAUCACAUUUGACCGCGGCUUGGCAUCGCUUGUUUGUAGAUUCCAUCACUGUAUUACUAAUAUUGUAGUGGCCAUUUUUCUUGGCAGAAACCAUAGUUUUAAUGCAAUUAACUAUGGUGUUAGUACAGUAAUUUGGUGGUAUUAUAGUAACCAUAGUUAUUUUUGUGGUUACUGUAAAUUUACAAAAAAUACCAUGGUUACUGUAGUAAAAGCAAGAUAAUUUUUUCUACGGUAAGGAUAGGUUUAGGGGUAAGGGUUAAUGUAGUGUGUCUGUGGGACUCUAAAUAAACACAAUAAACACACUAAAGGGAUGCCCUUAUACUGUAUGUUAGUAUUUAAAUAUGGGUGCAAAUAAUAUCUGGCAAUAUUUGCACGGGGUGUAAAUAGCAUAUACCAUUAUUUGCACCAGGGUGCAAAUAGCAUCUGCCAAAAAUAUCUGGGUGAAAUCUGUCAUCAUUUACCUUCAAGUUUGGCUUCAGUUACAGUACCAUCCAUAUUGAAAAUGUCAUCCCUAAACGCAUCACUAGGGUUUCAAUAGACUUGAAUAAUCCCAGUUUAGCAAGGUUCUCUUUCACUGACGCAUAAAGCCAUUGUCAAAACCAGCUGUUACAUUGCAGUAGUUGCCUGUUCAAAUCCCUGUUCUCAUUCCUAGCCAGAACAGGAAAUGAGUUUCUAGCAAAACGAAUCAAUCUGAAUCAGCAUUUCCCCUACUUAAUUUGAUUCAUCAGCUCAGAAAACAAAGUGUGUCCAGAGAAGAAUCACUUCUCAUUUUUGUGUUGAAUGUGUUUUAUUUAAUUUGUUCUGUAAUAACAAACAUGGUACAGCCUCAUUACAGCCGUACUGAUACACGCAUUAGUGCCCACAUUAGCAGCAGGCACAGUGCCUUUCAAACACUCAGUAUCAUCAAAUGCACUCUAGCACACAUUGUACAUCUCACUUUAAUUUAUGACAGAGUGCCUUCAUGCACAUUAACACACACAAUUGUGCACUUAAAACACACCGCAAUAUCUCACCUCAAGUUUCACCAUCCAUCAACGCAAGCCCGCUAACAUGGUUUACCUGUUGCUGUAUUUGCCCGUAGUAUAAUUAAUGUCUAUAUUUGUUCAAUGCAGUCAUAUGUUCUUCGAAAUCACACUUAAGCAGCCAUGUUUGUGGGUGUGUGUAUGUAUGUGGUUUCCCACUGCAAAAAAAUAUUUUCUUACUGAGUACUUUUGUCUUGUUUUCCAGUAAAAAUAUCUAUACAUUCUUUUUUAUUUCUUUUCUCCCCAAUUUGGAAUGUCCAAAUGUCCUCCUGGUGGCGUAGUGGUUCGCCUCAAUCCGGGUGGUGGACGACGAAUCUCAGCUGCCUCAGCGUCUGAGACCGUCAAUCCGUGCAUCUAAUCACAUGGCUUGUUGAGUGCGUUACCACGGAGACAUAGUGCGUGUGGAGGCUACACGCUAUUCUCCGCGGCAUCCAUGCACAACUCACCACACACCCCACCGAGAGCGAGCCACAUUAUAGCGACCAAGAGGAGGUUACCCCAUGUGACUCUAUCCUCCCUAGCAACUCGGCCAAUUUGGUUGCUUAGGACACCUGGCUGGAGUCACUCAGCACAUCCUGGAUUUGAACUCAUGACUCCAGUGGUGGUAGUCAGCAUCUUCACUCUCUGAGCUACCCAGGCCCCAAAAAUAUCUAUAUGUUCUUAAAACAAGAUACAUUUUUUUGAAAAGAAAAAAUACAUGAGAUAUUUCAUCUUUUUUUCCAGAGAAAUCUAAUAACAUUUUAUUUAUGCUUAAAACAAGAAGAAGAAAAAAAUGAUUUGCCAAUGCAGUAAGACAAAAAUAAAUAAAUAAAUAAAACCUUUCAUAUAGAAAGCAAGCUUAUUUUUCUUACACCAUUGAAAAAGAUUUAUUUUCUUAUUUUAAGCAUAAAUCCCACCAAUUUUGCAAGAUUUUUCUGAAAACAAGACUCAAUAUCUUAUACCAUUUUGCUUCUCAUGUAUUUGUAUCUUGUUUUAAUAAUUUUUAAUAUAUUUUUACUGGAGAAUAAGGCAAAAAUACUAGUAAAAAAUACUGUGUGGUGCUUUGCAAAGAAUCAUUCUCUUAAUCAGUCACUUGUUUUCCAGUACAAAUAUCUAAACAUCCUUAAAACAAGAAAAAUUCACUUGAGAAACACAGAUUUGUUUUCAGAGACUAUAUCUUGAGUUAAUUUUGUUUACCCCAUUGGCAUUUUUCUUAAGCAUAAAACUUAUAAAACAUUUAUUUUAAGCAUAAAUCUCACAAAAAAUAUUUUUGUGUGGUUUAUGCUUAAAACUAGAAGAAAAAACUGCCUGUGGGAUUUAAAAAACAUAAUUCAAGAUAUAUUCUCUGAAAAAAAGUCUUUAUAUCUCAAGCAUAUUUUGCUUCUUAAGUAAAUGUAACAUUACUGAAAAACAAGACAAAAAUAUUGAUUAUAUAUAUUUCGUUUUUUCCAAUGUGUGUUCAUUUGGCUGGCUGAUUUGCAUUUUUUAAGCAAUUAUCAGGCUCACAAACAUUGUUAAACAAGCCACAGUCUAAUUUAUUUAUUUAUACUUUGAUGUCAUCGAUACAGACAAUUUCCCCUUUUUUUACUUUUCAGUAUUCAGGAUGGACUCUGUUGAGUCACUGGGUUGGACUCAUGUCCUGUAAAUGAGAAAAAUACAAACCAAGUGAACUGUCUGAUCAAUGUGCUCCCUGGAGUCUCUCUCUCUCUCUCUCUCUCUCUCUCUCUCUCUCUCUAUGUUUUCUCAAUAAAGCUGAAACUGAA